CAUCCCUAUCGUCCUCGAAAGAGGAAAAUCUGGGGGAGAAUGGAGCGUUGGACUCCAUUAAUGGAGAUUUUUAUGAACUCACCAUGUCCUGAGACUGAUGCAUCUGUUUGGCUACAAAAAUCUUUCAACCCUUCAUCAAACAGCGCCACCAUUUCCACAACCUCUUUUCUUUCACUGCUCGCAAAGCCCUCAGUUCUCAUCGAUACUUCUUCUUCUCCUCAAGAAAAAAGGGUUAUGUGGAUAGAGACAUUACCUUCGGUUGUUCAGGCCAGAAUUUUAUCGUUUCUUGCUUAUGAUAAUCAGAGAUUUUGUAAAAAGGAGUUGUGUAAACUUGCAAGAAAGAUGUUGAGUGAGGGCAAAGGUGUCGAUUUUUGGGUGAAGAAAUGUGCACAGCAGUUGCUUGAUUUGGUGUCUGUAUCAAAUUAUCAAUGGCUUUCCCAUUUGGAUUUGGGUUCCGAAGAUGACAAUGGGGAGGACGAGUUUCUGUCAGUGCCAGAUUGGCUUAGAGAUGCUGCAAAAGAUGGUGAAUCAUUGCUUCCAUGGUUACCUAUGUCACCCGAUGAGUUAAGUCUAAAAUUACCGUUUGUUAGUUGUGGUGAGGAUGAAGAUGAUUUUCUGAAGGAGGUUGAGGAGUAUAAACCGGAGAGUGUGGAUGAAAUGAUGGUGGAAGAUCACGUGAGACCUAGGAAAAUUGAUGAUACUAUGGACCCUGAAGUUGAGUACGAAGCAAAAUCUUUGAAAUCCCGUUUAUUAGAUUUUGAUUCUACUUCGAAAGCAGUUCAGUUAUCCAAGGACAUUCACCGACUUUGUGUCAAAAGUGGAGAGGAUUCUUUGGCUGUUAUGGCCAUGAUUGAACCAUGGAACGCAGAAGAUGAGACUGCUGCAGUUUUAGUUUCUCAUUUGGUGGUUGAAAAUGAAGGAAAUGAGCUUGAUUGGCCGAGCCAUGUUCUAUGCUCAAUCGUCCUUCCCAAAUUGCUCCUUCUCAAUCAACCAGCUUCUGGUGUACUAGUGGCUGCAACAAUAGACUACUGCAAGGCCCAUCAAAGGGCUUCUGAAUAUGCCCUCUUGUUUCCAUUGAUUCUACGAAAUGAGGGAAUAAACAGUCCUAUCUGCGAUGUGAUCACUAGGAUAGUUAAAGAAUGUCUGCACCCGGCUCAUGUUUCUGCAUUUUGCCAAAAAUUACUGUCGAGAGAUAUAAACGCAUGGAAAUUCAUAUGCCUUCCCUGCCAUCAGUCUCUGAUUAGUGAUGAGAUUGUGUGGACUGAAUCUUUGUUUAACUUAUUGCAGAGCAUCUUGAAUCAUAAUGUCUAUCUGACUGAAGAUUCAAUCGAACAACUCGUUCCCCGGGUUUACGAAUUCAGCCACAGGUACUCGAAAUCUUUGAAGUUUGGCAACUUUAUCUUGUGCCUAAUCAGCAAAUAUGCUCCUUUACUGAAGCCUCACAAGGUUUUAUUAACUGAAGCAGUUGAGAAUACUAGAACCCUUGUCACCAAAUCUAUACUAGCAAAAUUGUCUAGCUUGUAACUUGUAUUUUUGGUCAUUUUUUUCUGCUAGGUCCUUCAGUAGAGAGCACGGGAUGCCCAACUAAAAACUUGGGCUAUAAUUUAAGGCUAAUUCAUAUCUUAUUUGUCUAGUACUUUGCUCCAGAAAUUUCAGUUCUUCCUAUCUAUAGACACCUUUUGGUAAUAUAAAAUACUUAUCUUGAAUU